AUGAAUCAAGAAACGCGUAGUGAUUCACCGAGUGACAAACGACAAGAUAACUCGAAAACUUCCUUUUUAAUUGAGGAUAUUCUGUAUAGAGGCCAGAGACAACCUUUCAAGCAGCCAGAACCGAGGAGGUUUGAUAUAGAGCCUAAGUACUUUCCAUCGCCAACUGAGGUGCGACCGCAUGUGCCGAGAGAAGGGUAUUUGCAAGUAGCCAUGGGCGCUCUGGGUGCCUAUCUGCACACCCCCAAUACGUACAAGGCCGUUGAAACACCGUAUUUUUUGUCGCAAGGUGUUCCAUACCACGCUCUCUUUACACCGUCGGAGCUGUCCCUCUCAGCUCUGAAGCACUGCAGGCGACGGAAAGCAAGGACAGUCUUCUCUGAUCCACAAUUAACAGGCCUUGAAAAGCGUUUCGAGUCGCAGCGAUAUCUAUCAACCCCAGAAAGAGUGGAGUUAGCGGGAGCUUUAAACCUCUCCGAAACCCAGGUGAAGACCUGGUUCCAGAACAGACGUAUGAAGCACAAGAAACAGAUGCGGAAAAUGCAGCAAAAAGGUACGUAA